GUGCUUGAGGUCUUCACCAUUACUCCGAAAAUUAGAUUUCUGGAAAAUGCACGGUUAUAAAAACAAAUUUUAGUGUCGGCAUUUCAACUUUCUGAACAAUUUUUUAGUUCAAGUUGAUGCUAUGCAAAGAAUUAGGAGUCGCGGUCGAUAUUUUAUAUGUGCUUCUAUUUUGUGAAAAUUGAAUAUCUGUAAUACAAAGAAUCUGUGCAAUAAAAUAAUAAAUAUUUCGUUUCGGUGCGUUCGCAAACUAUAUUGUAAAGAAUAUGAUUUUUCUUACAAGUUUGACGGUUUUUUUUCUUAUUCUCUGUAAUUCAAAAUGUGUGUUAACGCACUCAUUUCAGUCAAAAAAUGAUGAUAAGUCUGCACUUACCACUAUUUGUGUAAAAAUCACACCUACAGAUACGGUGGAUAAGCCCUACAUUAUGUGUCCUGGUAGAAAUUUGCCACCAUUUCCAACAACAAAUAGUGACUUCAAUACUAAAGAUGAGAAGAACAAUCCAAUAACUCCUUAUUCACCCACUACUCAAAGUAAUCAUCAUCUUGAUCAAACUGAAAAUGGUAAACAUAUUUCUAAACCAAAUAUUCACUUAUACGACAGCACACAUGCGCCAAUUCAGUCCCAAUCAUCCGCCAGUGAAAAUAGUGGAAGUAAUGAAUCCAGCUUUAUACAAAACAAUAAAUAUCAACAAAAUUUACCUCAACCUGAAACUUCAUUUGAAUAUGGAAUGAAAGCAGAACAAAUACCUCACCAUCAAGAUCAUCAGCAAUACCAAGGAAAACAAUUUAUGAACACAAAUUAUGAUCCAAUGAAUGGCCAUUCUAUUAUAAAUACUAAACAAAAUCAUGACGUCAAUUAUUCAUUUCAACCAUUUGAUUCUUAUUUUGAAAAUCAAUCAAAGGGCAAUAUGCACGCGAGUAUUCAACCAAAUUAUGGAUUCAACCAACAAAACGAUCAAAACAAUCAAAACAGCUUUACACCACUUUACUCAUCGAGUAUUCAAUUAAGCCAAAAUCCAGUCAACGAAUAUUUCACACCGCAAUCGAAACAAGCUCUAAUCAAACAUAAUUCCCAUAUUGAACAAAACAUCAAACCAGGGGCUCACUCGUUAAAUAUUCAACAAAGCAAUAAUUUCGGAAAUCAAGCAAAUGGCUAUUCGGAAGCGCAACCCACUCAUGCUGUUACUGGAUAUAACUCCCAAAUUAAAGAAAACAUCCAAUUUGACAAUAUGCAGCAUCACCAAGGCAAUGGAAAUAUGCCAGAAGGUAAACAAAAUACUUAUUUUAGACCACAAUAUUCAAACAUGCAGCAUAAUCCAUUCAAUAAACACGCACCAUGGAUGUAUAGAACUCAGCCUACAGUUGCUAUUAAUGACCACAAUCCAGAAAAUAAACAGAAUAUUCAAACUGCACCACAAACCUCAAAUAUGGGACACAACAUUAAUAACGAGAGUCAAUUAAACAGAGAUCUGUUAGGAAUGCAGCCAGCACAUCCUGUGCAUCCCGCGCAUGCUGUUAAUAGAAAUAGUCCAGAAGUUAAACAAAUCAUUAAUUCUAUGCGCCAAUUCUCAAAUAAGCAACCUAAUGUAUUCAAUAGAAAUCUUCCAGGGAUGUAUAGAGUUCAGUUCAUAGACACGAUGAAUGCACACAAUCUAAGAAAUAAAGAAAAUGUUCCUCCUGCUCUGCAAUUCCGGAAUAUGCAACAUAAUACUAAUAUGGAACGUCAAUCAAAUAGAAAUCUGCAAGGAAUGAAUAUAGCGCAACCUAUAUUUGCUGUUAAUGGCUAUAGUUCAGAACGUAAACAAAUCAUGCAUCCUAUGCUCCAAUCCUCAAAUAUUCAAAGUAACCCGAUAAAUAGCAAUUUGCCAGAAUUGUAUAAAGUGCAGCCCACACAUUCUGUUAAUGAAUAUGAUCCUGAUAAUAAACAAAAUCUACAUCCUACAUUACAUUCUUCUAAUAUGCAACAUAAAUCUAUAACCGAGAGUCACUUAAAAAGUCAUCUGCCAGAAAUGCAUAUAGCACAGCCUAUACAUAAUAUUAAUGGACACAAUUUACAAGCGCAAUCUCAAUUUAAUAUUCCAACAGAUAUAUUAAGAACAAAUCAACCGCAAGCAGUUCCAACACCAAAUAAUGCACGGAGUAACAUUAAUAGAUUAUAUAUUUUAUCAGAACACUCACCCGAGGAAAUCAAUAAAAUUUUUUUUAAUCAGGAGCCUUUGCUAAGUCAAUCUCUUUUAACACCAAACCAAAAUAUUUACAACAAUCCAACACAUCUCAAUAAGCAGAAAGAUGGCACAAAUCCAAUAUACAAUAACCCACUGAUUCAUGUACCACAGUUUACUGAAGACAAUUAUAAAAAAAACCUUCCACAAAGUCCCAAAAAUUUAAAUGAAAAUGUACAUUUUGAAUCAAUCAUAAAUAAAUCAGCAGCCAAUGGAGAACUUUCGUUUACACAAUCAAUAUCGGAGAGUCCAAUAAAGUUAGAACUAAAACAACAACUGCACUUGCCAAUUGAAAAGAGUGCCAUUGAAUAUCCAAAUGGUAACCAGACAAAAGAAAUACAAACUAAACCCCAACAUUUAGAAAGGCCAUUAAUUGAAGUAAGUAAUAGUGAACGUUACCGCGCUGAUUUUGAUGAAGACAUACUUAAAUUACCUAACUGGGGUCUUUCAUUAGAAGAAUUGAAACGCAUACCAAAUAUGCAUACCGAAAAUCGUAAAUUCACAGCACAAACACAUGUUCCACGUAUGCCACAGCUACAAUCGAAUUUUGAUGAAUUUAGAAAUGACCCAGUAAUGCAACAAUUCUAUGGUUCAGUUAAUACUAAGUCUAAAGAGUUCAAUACGUUUAAUAGAGCGGAUCCCCAAAUAGGAGCGAGUCCAUUUUACUCUGCAUUAAAAGAAACACCACAAACAUUCACUAAACUUUUAAAGCCUAAAACUGCAGCAUUUCCUAAAGAUGGUAUUAAUACUGAAAUAUCCUAUGAUAAUUAUCAUAUUGACAAUAAGCAGUCAAAUAACAAGCAACCGAUAAUAUCGCCACCUUGUAAUUAUUGUGUCAUGCCAAUUUCGCAAUGCUGUGCUAAACCUUGUCAAACUUGUUCAGUGCAAUCUAGUGGCUUACCAUAUAAUACACAACGCUUAAAUUCAGGCAUUUCAGAAUAUAAACAACCAGUUGUAGUUGUCUUACCUGUCACUAGUCAGUCUCACCCAACAAGCCCCUCAUGCUAUGGUAAUACAUGGCCUACAGUUGGAGCAAUUUCAAACUAUAAUGCACCUAAUCCAACUAAGAUUGAAAAUAUGGAAAAUUCACCAAUAGUCGGUAGUUUUUUAUAUAAUCCACUUACAUUAUUUAAACCAUUUCCAGGACUUAAUCCAUUUUCAAAUUUACUUAUGUCACCCCGAAACCCAGAUGAAAGCGAGAAAAAAAAAUCAGUGCAAUCAAUUGUUGGUGUACCUUUAGAAGAACAUCGGACAGCAUCAUAUAAGCUAUCAAAUGCACAAGACAAUAAAACUGAACCAACCACUACGUCUACAGAAAAAAUAGAUCAAAACUUGGCAGCUUCUGAGCAGUUUCUUGAAGAUACCAGUGUUGCUAUAGCCGUUGAGGACGAAUACACGGAUAGUAUUACCUCUGAAAACACUAACAUUAACAGCGAAAAUCAUAAAAUUACAACCACUGAAAAUAUAUUAUUUUCCGUAGAUGAUGAUAUAUUAGCAUCUUUAGAACCUGAAUCUCAAAAAACCUUCAAAUCAUUAAUAAGAACUGCUAAAAUUUUUAAAAAUAAUGCUUCAAAGGAACAAAAACGAGCACUUAAACUGUCAUAGGGAUGUGUCGACGCUUUUAAUUUGUAAACGGUUAGCAGUCAUUUUAGAGCCGCAGUCUAUAUCGAUAAAACCUAUGCUAGAGCAUUGCUGGACUUUAUUGUAGAGAUGUUGAGAAAUUUAUUUCUUUAAUGUAUUUAUUUAAAUUUUAUUUCCAAGUUGUUAUGCAUUUGUGAAUUUAUCGAGAUAAAGUUUUUUUUUUAUUAAUUAAUAUAUAAAUUAACAUGAUGUACUAAAUUAAUUCGAAUAGACGAUUAGUAACUGCAGAAUAAUAAUUUAUAUGAAUUUUUUAUUUAAAAACGAGAUUACAGUUCGAAAUUGCGGAAAUUAUUUAUGAGAAUAUAAAAAUG